AUGUGGGUUGUUGUUGGGUGGUGUGAGGGGGUGGUGUGGUGGUUGGGGGGGUUUGUUGGGGUGUGUGGGGGUGGGUGGGUGUUGGGUGGGUUUGGAUGGGGGGUGUGUGGGGGGGGGGAUGAUUGUGGGGGGUUGGGGGGUUUGUGGGGGUUGGGUGUUGGGUGGGAUGGGUUUUGGGGUUUAUGGGGUUGGGGUGGUGGGGGGGUUUGUGGUAGGUUGGGGUUUGGGUGUUGUGGUUUGUGUUGGGGGUGUUGUUUGGUUGUGGGUGGUGGUAGUUGGUGUUUGUAUAUUUUGGUUGUGAGGUUUUUGGGGGGGGAGUGGUUGGUGUUUUGGUUGGGGUGUGGUUGUUGGGGGAUUGGUGGUGUUUGGGGUGUUGGGGUUGGGGUGGGGUUUUUGAUUGUUGUUGGGGUUUUGUGGUGGGUGGUGGGGAGUGUUGGUGUUGUUGAUUUAGGGGUUUAUUAUGUGGUUGGGUGGGGUGGUGGGGUUGGGUAUGUGGGGGGAUUGGGUUUAAUUUGGGUUGGGGGUUGGGGAGAAUUGGGGGGGUGUGGGGGUAGGUUGGGGGGGGGUUGUGGAGUUUGGGUGGGUUGGGGGGGGUGGGGAGGGUGGGGUUUAGGGUGGUUGAGGGGGGUGGGGUUUGGGUGUGGGGGGGGGGGGGUGUGGGGGAAUUGGUUGGGUGGAUAG